AUGAGAAGAUGUGGUUCAACAUCAGCUUUGACAAUCUUCGUAGUUUACGUUCCAACAUCAAGCUCCGAAGGAGAAGUGGAAGCUUUCUAUAUGGAGCUGGAGAAGUUGUACAUAGAAGAUCAUACCUUCUGCAAGGUCAUAAUUGGUGACUUCAACGCCAAAAUUGGCCCCAGAAGAACAUCGGAACCCACAGCCUUCAAUGGAAUGAGCAGGGAGAAAGGCUUCCCGAAAGCUUUCCUCUACGCUGGUGGUAGGAGUCAUCCGAUGGAGUGUAUCAUAAUGAAAUUGACCACAUCAACACUACGUGGAGCUCCACGAGCUGCAGGAAACCAAGAACUCACGUCCGCGCUCGCAAAGCUUUGCAGAGAGGCGAUAAAGGAAGACCUUAAAGAGAGAAGAGCAGAAGUGCUGGCUGAAGCUGCAGAGGCGGGGAAAAGCCUUCGCUAUGUCCGUCGAGACUUCGCCAGUCACAAGACGAGGAUGACUGCUCUCCGGAACCCAAAGGGAACAGCCAUUGCAUCGAGAAGGGGGAUGGAGAAAAUCAUCUACGACUUCUACUCUGAUCUCUUCGACAGCCAUGUCCACUUCCCUCCUCACCAUCUGAGGGAAGACGGACAUGUCAUUCCAAAGGUCCUCCCUUCCGACAUGCCAUCUUUUCGGUGA